AUGGCAGGUAGUAAUGCUGAUGAUUCGAGAUAUGAACGGCUGUUUAAGGACUUAGAUGUCGAUGGUAAUGGUCGGAUAGAUUUACGGGCUUUGAAACGGGCUUUCAAAGAGAAAGACCACCCUUUGAGUAAAAGUGAUGAUGCCUUACAUCUUCUCUUCAAUGCCAUGGACUCAAAUCAUGACUCCGUUAUAGACAUCGAAGAUUUCAAAAAGUAUGCUAGGAAAGCUGAAGAACAGAUAGAACUCGGGUUUCAACGAAUAGAUGCAGACAACGAUGGGAAAAUUAAAACUAGUGAGCUAACUGAGUAUCUACACUCAUUGUCAACUUCAGCUGACAAUGGUGUACGACCAGAGGAUAAGCAAGUUAUGAAGCCAAGAUUUAAUAGUUUCAUAAAAUGGGCUUUCUUGAGAAGAAAAGCAAAGUCUAGCUCUGACCCUGAAUAUAUAACCUACGACCAAUGGAGAGAUUUUCUGCUAAUGAUGCCUCGAGAACAAGGCUCGAGACUACAUACUGCUUACUCGUAUUUUUAUUUAUUCAAUGAGGAUGUGGAUCUGUCUUCUGAAGGUGAUAUGACUUUGAUUAACGACUUUAUAAAAGGGUUUGGUUUCUUCAUCGCAGGUGGUAUUUCUGGUGUUAUUUCUCGUACUUGUACUGCACCGUUUGAUAGAUUGAAGGUGUUUUUAAUUGCUAGAACAGAUUUAUCAUCUACUUUGUUAAACUCCACAGAGGACGUGCUGGCUAAAAAUCCACAUGCCAAACCAAACAAACUUAGAUCUCCAUUAGUUAAAGCCAUAAUAAGUCUUUAUAGACAAGGUGGUAUAAAGUCUUUCUAUGUGGGGAAUGGUUUAAACGCUUUGAAAGUGUUUCCUGAAAGUUCAAUUAAAUUCGGGUCAUUUGAAAUUACAAAGAAAUUAAUGACAAAAGUAGAAAAUUGUAAAGACACUAAAGAUCUGUCCAAAUUAUCAACUUUCAUUGCAGGUGGGUUAGCGGGUGUUUGUGCACAAUUUUCUGUUUACCCAAUUGAUACACUGAAAUUUAGAAUGCAAUGUGCCCCAUUGAAUGCAGAAUUGAAAGGUAGAAAACUAAUGAUUCAAACAGCGAAAGAAAUGUACACCGAAGGUGGUCUAAAGUUAUUCUACAGAGGUGUUACUGUUGGUGUACUUGGUAUCUUUCCGUAUGCAGCAUUAGAUCUUGGAACUUUCAGUAUGUUGAAAAAAUGGUACAUUUCAUCAAAGGCAAAAAAAUUAAAUAAGAAAGAAGAAGAUGUGGAACUCAGCAACUUAGUCGUUCUACCAAUGGGUGCCUUUAGUGGUACCUUUGGUGCCACUGUAGUCUAUCCAAUCAAUUUACUGAGAACAAGACUGCAAGCACAAGGUACCUUUGCUCAUCCUUAUAGAUAUGACGGCUUCAGGGACGUCCUGCUAAAAACUAUCCAAAGAGAAGGUUACCCAGGUCUCUUUAAAGGUUUGGUACCAACUUUAGCUAAAGUGUGUCCUGCUGUCUCUAUCAGCUAUUUAUGUUAUGAAAACUUGAAAAAGUUAAUGAAAUUGCAGUCUUAA